AGCAGAAGUUAAAUGAUCUGGGACAGAAAUGACGAAAACAACUACAUUAUCAUCAUCACAACGGCGCUUAUAUUGUCAGCAACGUUAGCGCCAAGAAUGACCAUACUUUUUUAUUCUGCUUAGGCUUCAUUCGUCGCUAACUUGUGCUAUCCUGCCUUAUUUCUCCUAUAGACAUUACCCGCUGCAUCAUCUCAAUAGUUACCUCCUUGAACAUCCAAUGCAAAAUAUUCCUAUCAACCCUCAUGUCACACCAACAGAAUGCCACACGGAGAAUAGUCCAAAUGUGACCUCGGGAUCUUCACAGUUUCACUCACAGCUCGAGGAUCUGAAAAGUUUACCGGUCCCUUACAAUGAAUUAUACCAUACCCUCUCCUCGUACAAUAACAUCCCGAUCAGAAUUCUUUGCGACAGAAUCCGAAAAGCAACAACUGAGAUAGAGGCAUGGCUUGAGGCAGCAAAGUCAGCUUUGUUCGGCCUAGAAGUUGAAGUGAAGCAGGAUGGCGUCAAGGCCUAUAAGCAGGAUGUGAAUGAAAUUGAGAUGAUCACAAGCCGGUUUUAUCCAAACGUUGAGAUGAUGUUGGAACUCAAUAGUAAAGUCGGAUCAAAGCUUGAUUCUCAUGCAGACCAGGAUCAGUCCAACACGGAUGAAUCAGCAGAAUCAAAGGGACCCUUACUUUCAACAGAAGAAUUGCAGCAAAUCGUAAAAGCCAUUCACUCGAGUUGGCUUUCUCUCAAGGCGAUGUUAGAUGAGAUUAGGGGCAUCUUUGCCAUAGCUCAGACCCGACGAGAAAUUUUAACACAUAUGGAGGAUAUACUGGUGGAAAUUGAGCAGAUUGGAUUAGUAACUGACAAGCUUCAAGAAGAGAGGUCGCGCCAAACCUCUGAAGCUGUUGGUUCAGAGCAUGGGAAAACAUCAUCCAGUCUGUCAAAUUCUAUAUCAACUCAUUCAACUGAUACAACUAUGAAUACUGAUACCUCUAAAGAGAAAAACCGUAAUACAGAAGUGUUAGCGGGUAUUGAUAGUCGUAUCGAGGCAUUAAAGCCCCGAGUUGAGAGAUUGACAAUGCAGGUCGAAAGGCUUCCUUCAUUAGACUUCAAAUGUGAUGAGUUACAGGAUCAAUACGAUGAAUUGCUUCGCCUAUGGGAUGAUGCGAAGACACGCAGGGAAAAAAUUGGUGAUGAGAUUAAAGAAGAGCGAUGGUUAGCAGUUUUUGGACAAGUAGCAGGGCAGGUUGAAUCGAUGAUGGAAUCCUUAGAUCGAGCAAUAGUUCAUUGCAAAGGUUUAGUGGAUCAGAUUAAAGUUAUGGUCAAGGAUGAGGUUGUCCCCACAGCUCCUAUCGAUCGCGAUCACCUCUACACAAUCUUCAAGAGCUUUGAAUCCAAGCACAAGUAUUAUGCCCCUGCUGUAACUAAGAUGCUCAACAUGUUGGAGAAUGGGAUCCAGAAUCGUGCAACAAAAAAUGCCGAUGCGAUUCAAAAGCAUAAGGACAUGAAGGCCAAAUGGGAAAAGCUGCAAGGCAGUCUUGACUUAGUUGAACUGGACCUAGAUGGGAUUGAGGCGAUGCUAGAUCAGCUGGAUGCAUCCAUUCCAUCGUCACAUAUUGUAACCCCACCAGCUCAGCUGCCAGAAAAACCACUUUUUGCUAUGAGACAAUCACAGAUACAGUCAGAAUUGAAGUCCCCUGGGCCGCCAGUCCUGUUCGAGCCGUCUCCUCAGGACCAAGAACCACAACGUGGGCGACAACCCUUUCCAUCACCAGUACCGUCCCGGUCGUCAGCUGAAUCAUCUGAGCCAACUUCCAGGACCAGAAAUAGAUCACCGCCCAGUGGCCAGCCACGUCAGCGUCCUUGGUCGCCAACACCAUCUGUAGCAAGUCAAUCAUCGAUGUUAUCGCCAAGCAUGUUUGGUAGUCGGAGAUCCUUUAGUCGCAGUCCUUCUCGUUCACCUUCAAGAGCCACAUCUGAUAAACUUCGUCCUUGGUGUCCAAGGUUAUCUUAAUAUAAUUUAGCACGAAGACAACCUCUCCUUCCAUCCCUGGGAUCCCAUACACUCCCUCUCCUGCAUCUACAUAUACUCCACGCUCAGUUUCAUCCACUCGACAAGACCGUGCUGUAAGCCCUUCUCCUGAAAUGCCUUCUCGCUCAGUGUCUACAGCAUCUAGGGCCCGAAGCGCUUCUUGUGCGCCUUCACUUAAUAGACCAUCUUCUCAGUCAAAGCCAAUAUUCUCACCUGCA